CCCCCACCCCUGAUAUUGCUCAAGCCCUACUGACAAUGGCUGAGGAGGAUGACAACCACGCUGAGGCUUGGCUGCGGUUGAAGCCUGUGGAGCCCCUGCCCUCCCAGUGCUGCGGCAGUGGCUGCUCGCCCUGUGUGUUUGACCUCUAUCACCGAGACCUGGAAAGAUGGGAAAGAGCCCAAGCCAGAAAUGACAGGAGCCUGCUGAGUGGGAAGCAGCCCCCUGAGAGCCAGGGCUGUUCUACCAAGCUAAGUCCAGAGACUUUCCUGGCCUUCCACAUCAGCACCAUGGAGAAGGUCACCAAGGACACCUAUCUCGUCCGCUUUACAUUACCUGAGAACAGUAAGCUCGGCCUGCUUCCUGGGCAGCACCUCAUCCUACGAGGUAUAGUAGAUGGCUUAGAAAUUCAGAGAGCCUACACUCCCAUCAGCCCUGUCACUGCAGAAGGAUACUUUGACAUUUUAAUCAAGUGCUACCAGACUGGGCUGAUGUCCCGGUAUGUGGAGUCCUGGAGAACAGGAGACACAGCUUUCUGGAGAGGACCUUUCGGAAGCUUCUUAUAUGAACCAAAGAAGUAUGGUGAGCUCCUCAUGCUGGCGGCUGGCACGGGCCUGGCCCCUAUGGUGCCUAUCCUGCAGAGCAUCACAGACAACGAAGAUGAUGAGACCUUUGUCACCUUGGUUGGCUGCUUCAAGACCUUCGAGGGCAUCUACCUGAAGACCUUCUUCCAGGAACAGGCAAGGUUCUGGAACGUUCGAACCUUCUUUGUCCUCAGUCAGGAAGUCUCCCUAGAACAGCUUCCCUGGAGCUACCGUGACAAGACCUGCUUUGGCCGCCUGGGCCAGGAGCUGGUUGAUGAACUAGUGGCCUGCUGCCGGAGAAAGCCAUUUACAUUAGUCUGUGGCUCAGCUGCAUUUACUGAGGACAUAGCUAGGUGUUUGCUGUCUGCUGGCCUGACUAAGGACUCCUACUUCCUCUUCUAGCCCUGGCCUUGGUCCUUAAUUAGGGGUACAAAGAGCAGCCCAGACCAGAGUUAGAAGACAUGGACGUGGUCCUGCUGCCGACUUUCCCAGAGACCUAGGGCAAAUGUCACCACCCUUGGAACUUCCUUUCUUGCCUGCUGUGUCCUGCUGUGUGGAGAGAGGCCAGCAGUUGUCCUGGAAGUCAGAGAAGACUGCUCCAAGGGAGCCAAGCAAAUGGAGUCCUGCUGAGCUCAGACUGGUGGGAGUUAGACAGGACAAGGACUGAGGAGCCUCUUGUCCUUACAGAGACCAUCAGUGCUGAGAAAAUGACUUGGAGAAAAACUCAGAGCUCUUGAGAGGACCUUAACUUCUGUGCCUCCCGUGGAGUGAACCUGGCUUGCUGAAGGCCUUGGCUCUAUGACCUGACCAUGUUCUCAGACCAAGGCACUGCCCUGGAUCAUCUCUGUAUCCGUGACAAGUCUUUCCUGCUGUGAUCAGCUUCACGCUCAGUUUCUUUCCUGGCUCAGGAGGCCAGCUCAGAGUCCUUUCCCCACAAAGAAGAGGAAUGGAGGCAAAUGCCCCUCCCUCCUGCAGGCAGCCACAUAGCCCGUGCCUUCAGCUCUUGGUGCCCUGGCGACGGUUGCUAUGGAGAUCUAAAGAUAGAGCAGGAGUCAGGAGACCUGGGUCCCUCUCCCAGCUCUGCCCACUGAGUGGCUGCUGAUCCAGGUCCACCCAGCCCCCACCUCCACCUCCUCUAUCCUGCAUGGGGCAUGCCCUCUCCAGGGAACUCACUGCCCCUGGGCAUCACGUUGACUUAAUGAAUUCUGCUUUCCACAGCCUGGGCCCCAGUGUGCUGUGCCAGCACAGGCUAGAUACAGGCAGUCCCAGACUUCUAAUGCUCAGCAGUGGAAUGUUAGAAGCUGAGAUCCAGGAGCCUUCAGGAUUAGGCAUUUAUAACUAUGGAGUUGCAAUCUCCACCCCACACCCCCUACCCCUCAUAACAGAGCUCAGAUGCCAAAGAACCCUGUCCAACAGACCCAGUGUACAAACAGGUCAACCAAGGCCUAUGAGUAACUCACCCAAGGUGAAUGCCAAGACAGCCCUACAAGCUUCCCAUUUCCUCCCUCCCCCCAUCCCCUGCCUGUGCUUGUACACCAUGCUUUUCAAACUGGACUCCACGGGCCACUGGGGAACCUUGCCUGGAUAACAGCAGUAAAGGUGGUUGGAGGGAUCCCAGGUCCCCUUCAAUCACAGCAGGUCUGUUUUUACCUCAUUUUUAUGGGGCAUGAAAUUUUUAUCAAAAAGGACUUUUCUAUCCCAAUCUGAAAAGUCACAACAAAGAAAUCCCUGUUCACUGUACAGCCAUGGUGAACAGUUGGGUGAUGGGAAGCUUGCAUGCUGCACCUCAGGGACAUGGGACCUCUGUCAUGGUUUUACAGGGCAUUAGGUGUGAUUUCUCAGAACCAAGUGUCAUGAGCAAAUUAAAGCUGCACGAACAUUGGUCAA